UGUCAUAAAUUCUUUACAGCAUUAUUUAGUACAUUAAAAAAAGUUCUACAUUCAAGCAAUGAGCUUAAAUAUGAUUAAAUUGACGCCAUUUCCCAUCGGUAUGUUCCUUUAUUCAGAUAACAGAUUUAGUAAGUGAUUGGCUGUAUCCAUUAUUAAUCUAUCUCUCAAUUGGAUAUCAGUUGCGCGUAAUCUUGAGAGGAGAGAGAAUGAGGGUUAAAGGAUAUACUCAUCUCUUGUAAAAUCAAUAAGAAAUAUUAAGCAAUCAAAUUUAGACAUAAAAAGGGGAAGUUUUUAUUUGAACUAGUGUACGUUAUAAGUUUCAAAAAAUUUGUAAUAAAGAUACUACUAGUAUAUAGUGGAUGUUUGAUAUUUAUAUUAUAUAUAUUUGAUUUACUGUGAAUCAAAGUACAUAAUAAUAACAAUAUUCUGUGCAGAAAAAAAUUGUACCUACAUAUACGCGUUAAUAACUUGAAAAAUAAUACACAUAUGUAAUGAUACUACAUUGUUAAUGUAUCCAUACAAAUGAAAAAUCACGAGAAUAGUUGUGAGAAUAUUCAAUAAUAAACAGGAUGUCAAACAGUAAUAAGCCAUUGAUUACUACUGAAAAUAAAAGAGACGAUGAUUCUUGGUUAAAAUUGCAAUUGUUUAAAGACCAAAUCAUGUACAAGCUACUGCAUACACAUCCAUCUUUCAACAAAUAUUUGGCUUCUAGUAUCUUACAAAAUGUACCGAAAAUGGUAUUACAGACACGCACUAUAACAUCUAUAAAUCUAAAUAAAGUAGAACUUCCAAAACAACCUGUUCCAGAUCUGAGAAAAACUGCUGAACGUUACUUAAGAUCACUGAAGCCUAUACUUAAUCCCAGUGAAUACCGCGUAUCCGAAAGAAUUACUAAUCAAUUCAUUAACAAGGAUGGGCCAGGACCAUAUUUGCACUGUAAACUAUUAGAAAAAUAUGAACAAGUGGAUAAUUGGCUAAGUGAUUGGUGGUUGCAAGAAGCAUAUCUAGGAUAUAGAGCACCUGUGAUUGUGCAUUCAAGUCCUGGUAUUGUUGGCCCAUCCCAGAAAUUUACGUGUCCAAAUGAUAUGUAUGCAGCUGCUGCAAGGCUUAUCAGUGCUGUUUGCAAGUUCAACGAGAUGGUAAAAUGUGGGGAAAUAAAGCAAGAAAUGGUACGGAAUGAUCCAUUAGACAUGCAACCUUAUGCAAUGGUUCUUGGAACAUAUCGGCGACCAGAUAAGGGUUACGACCAACUCCUACAUAUUGAUAAUGCAAAUCAUAUAAUUGUCAUAUGUAACAAUCACUUUUUCAAAUUAAACAUUACUGAUGGUUCCGGUCAAUCUACUAGUGAAGGAAAACUAACCACUUUGAUAAAAGAUAUCGUUGAACGUUCUUGUACCGCAGGAAAACCUAUAGGACUUUUAACGGGAAAUUGUAGAGACACGUGGGCACAGGAUCAUUGUAUGUUAAAAGAAAAUGGUUACAACCGAAAUAUACUAAAUGACAUUGAGUGUUCUCUUUUCGUACUUUGCUUGGACAAGCCUGUACCAAAUGAAUUAUUUCGGGAUAAAAACAGUGCAUCAGUAAGGGCUUUACAAAGUUUAACAGGUAUUAGUAGCAGUAUUAAUGCUGGUAACAGGUGGCAUGAUAAGAUUGUGCAGUUUAUUCUUUCUUCUGAUGGUUUUAUUGGAAUGGAAUAUGAGCAUAGUCCUUGUGAAGCUGGCCCGAUUACAGUACUUCAUGAUUACGUUUUAAAAUAUAUUUCAAAUAAGCAAAGCGAUACUAUAUGCAAUGAAUCAGCAGAUCACGAAAAGGUAGAAGAACUCAAGUUCGAGUUAAACAGCAAUUUAGAAAAAGUAAUUACGAAAGCUGAAUGUACUGUACACAAUCUUACAGAUGAUAUCGACAUGGAAUGCUUUACGUUCAACGAUUUUGGAACAAAUGCAAUAAAAAAGGCAUUAUUAAGUCCUGACAGCUUUAUUCAAACGGCAAUGCAACUUGCAUUUUAUAGGCUUCAUAAACGGCCACCAGUACAUUAUGAGUCUGCAGCUUUGCGCAGAUUUAAAAGUGGAAGAACUGAAUGUAUUAGAUCAACCAGUAGUGAAUCGAUUAAGUUUGCGCAUAUUAUGACUUGUGACGGUGUGUACAAACAGACGAAAAAGGAAGUAAUGGUGGCAGCUAUUGAUGCACAUAAACGUUUUGCUGGCGCAGCAACAAUGGGUCAGGGUGUUGAUCGACAUUUGUUUGGAAUGAAGAUGAUAGCCAAAUCAGAAAACAUGGAAUUGCCAGCAUUCUAUAAAGAUGUUGGUUAUACAAGAAGUACACAUUUCACUUUGACUUCCAGUCAGGUUGCAUUCAAAACACCUUCCUUUAUGUGCUACGGGCCUGUGGUUCCAGAUGGAUACGGAUGUUGCUACAAUCCUCGUCCUGAGGAUAUAUUCUUUGCAUGUUCUUCGUUUAAGUCAUGCAAAGGAACGUGUUCAAAAUCAUUUGCCGAGGCAUUAAAACAGUCACUAUGUGAGAUGAAAGCACUUGCGGAUUAUUAAUAUCUAUAUUAUAUUAAAAAAUAUGUUAAAUUAGUAUAUAUUUUAUAUUGUUAAAUUUUAUCCAGUCGUUAUAAAUAAUGAUCUUCAAACGUGUCCGAGUAA